AUGGCUAGAGAUUUAAUAAAAGAAUUUUUAAACAAUCCCUUCAAGCCGCGAUUAAUAUUUAGCGUAAAUUCGUCGGGACAACUCUACCCCACAUUUAAUUUCCCUGUGAAGAUAUAUGCAAAAGUGGCCUAUUUUAUUCGCAUCCUUACACCCUUGGAGCUUACUGACGAUAACAUGUUACAGUCUCUUAUGAUAGGUGAUUUACUGCCUAAUGCACUUGCAAAUCUAUCUGUACUGUGCGAUGAUGUCUUCUUUCCGUUGCUGAACAACACUGUUAAUCAAGAAGGAUGGACACGAGUAAUUGUAAAUGAUAUGAAAACUGAGUCUCAAGAGAUGCGAAAUGGUAUAGCUCAAAUGAAAGGACUAGUGAUAAACCGCACAAUAUUUCCUUUGCCUAUUUGCAUCGAUGAAGUCAUGAAGGAGGCACCCCAUAUUGCUGCAAUGGAGCAUGCAUCAGUUAACCACAUGAUGAAACAUUCUAUUGAAUUUAUGGUAGUAAAAUGGUUGGACUCUGUGGAAAAUCUUGUAGGUGUCAAGCCAACAGACAAGCUGUUUUCGACGGAAAGAUAUCCACUUCCAGAAGCGAUAUUUGCAUACUGGGAAUCUCGGCAAGAAAACCUUGAGAAUCUUGCGCAUCAAUUGGGUGAUAUUCGAAUCAAGACUAUAGGAUUUGUAUUGGAAAAAAUACAAUCGGUUUUUGAGCAUUCCUAUCGACGAAUUGUUGAGCUAGUUUUGGAGUCUUUAGCCGAGGCGCGGGACAUAACAAAAUGCUUAGCAGCUCUGAAAAAGAAAAUUGAUAAGUUUGAAAUGAACACUAUGGAUGAUAAUAGACCGGAUAUAAGACCCUUAAUGCUAACAGUUGGACUUGUAUGGGGACAUUCUCGUUAUUUUCACACCCUUGAUAAUAUGACCCUCUUCUUUAAUCUUUUUCAUAAUUCACUUAUUGAAUGCGUUAUUCGUACAAUUGAACCUGAUUCCAUGUUUCAGGGUGACGUUGAGGAAGCUUACAAGAAAAUUAUAAUGAACAUACAGCACCUCGAAUAUUAUAAAACUAUAUACAGAGAAUGCCGCAACUCAUUAAAAAAAUUUAAAAUCGGUACUACAUUCAAUUCACAGGACUGGACAUGGCAGGCAGCAAAAAUUUUUCAACGCUUGGACGGCUUUAUGGACCGACUUCAUGAACUUAAAGAGAUGUUCAAUACAGGGCGUGAUUUCAUGAAGUUAGACAAAAUAGUGAUAGGUGGCCUAAAGGGACGUCAAAUUUCUGCUGCUCUUGAAAAAAUUGUCGAAGACUAUAAAAACUGUUAUCGUGAAUGGACCAACAUACAGUACAAUCCCCUAGAUCCGGAAGCUGAAAAUUCACUUUUUGAAAUAGAUCGUCUGCACUUUAAGCAAAAAACAGAUAUGUUAGAGAGAAUGAUAGCGACUCAAUUCGAAAAAGCUCUUGAGGACUCGCAUGAUUUGUUACUUGGUGGGCAAAUACUACUUCGGCCUAUAAUUAGGGCUCAUAUUGAUUCAUUUAUGCAUAUAAUUGUUGACGAUUUCGAGAAAGAAAUUUUAUAUGUUAAAGAGGAUUUUAAUAUUCUUAAGCAGAUGUAUACUGAGAAAGGUGUAUUGGAUAUACCAACUGACGACUGUUUUCCAAAAACUUCAGGAACCAUCGCAUUGCUAAAUAAACUUCGUCAUCGUAUUACUGCCAUUUAUAAAGACGCAGACAUGUAUGAUUACCCACUUUUUGAAAACGAAAGGGGAAAGAAUAUCUUAGAUCUGUAUAAUCUUAUGCUACAGGAAGUAAAUAGUUUUAUUAAAAAUAUACUAGCUAAGUGGGUUGUUGAAUGUUGGGCCAGUAUUCAAGAAAGCAUGGCAAUUUCUCUGCUAAAAAGUGAUGAAAAUGACAACAUUUCUGUAAAUUUUAACGAAAAUCUUAAAACCGCUCUUAAGGAUAUAAAAGUCUUGCGUCUGCUGGAAUGUGAGCUUACUCCAAACCUUAUUAAAUUUUUCAGUUUGGAAGAAGAUCUUUGGCAAGCUCGUAUAAAAUUAGAGAGAAUCGCAGAAUGGUGCAAUGACAUUAACGAGAGAGCGCACGAAACAGAGAGGGCGCUUAUUGCGGUCGAGAUGGCGAUGAUAAAUGAACAAAUAAAACCACUAAUUGAAAAAAUAACAUGGGACGCAUAUAGUCAAAAGUUCAUAGUCAAGAUUUUUAAAUUGGUAAAGUACUUGCACGAUCGGCUUGUUGCUGCACAAGAAAAUCUUCUGGUUAUCAAGGAAAGUAUUAGAGCUUGGGGUAAGGUGCCACUGUUUCAGCGAAAAGAUCUUAACCCGCAGCUAAUGCUUCACACGGAUCCGCGAGAUGUUAUACUAAUGGAGCGCGCUGAAAAAGCUGCGGUUACUCAACGGCUUAUUGACCUUCUUAUGUAUGUGAACUUGAAACUCUUUUUUGAUAUUCCUCGACGGUAUACGCUGCCUUCUGGAGAGGGAGGGGAAGAAGAAGAUGAUGGUGAUGACAUUUGGCCACCAGUUUUAAGCCUUUCUGCCAUAUCGAAAGUAGUCAAGUCCAAAAAGAAAAAUGAAAAACAUAAAAAUGAAAAGCAAGAGGAUAGAGAAGAAGAAGAACGUUCUGGAAGCGAAGAAGAAACUAUAACGCCAUUUCACAGGUUCGAGUUGCUCAAAGGCAUUACUGAAGAAGAGCGGAACCUCUUUCGAGAGUAUGAGAAAUAUGUAGACACUAUUAUUGCUCAAUGCCUGCUAGAUAGUGUUAUAACGAGCGUUACAUAUCUGCGGUUGGAGGUUGAAAAUCGUUAUGAAAAUAAUGCACCCAUAUUUGAAAUAUUCAUGGAGCUACAAGAGCCAAUCGUUGUAUAUUUUCUAAAUCUUGAUCCAAAUUCAAAGACAGGUUUUGUAUUCUUUGCGGAAACUCUGCUGGAUGAUGUUUACGAAACAAUGAAUUUGUUAUAUCGCGUAGCUCAAGAUCCACCAGAAAUCACCGAAGAGGACGCAUUACGUUUUAUGGAUGAGUUGGAGAACAAACCUGAAAUCAGUAAACAGCGUACUGAUAUAAUGAAUAAAGUUAAACAGGCCUUACAGUCUAUUCGCAUUCAUGGUAAAGGGUAUAUGGUCUAUUCCUACUUAUGGAUUUGGGAUAAAAACAAUUAUUUAAGCGAAGUUAAGAAAUAUGGUCGCAACUUGACAUUAGCCGAACGUGACGCGGAAUUGGAGCAGGAAGGAAGCUCUGGAAUUAAGCCGAUAGGAACUGGAGAGUACCCACCAUUUUCAGUUUAUAAAGAGCAACUGGAUAAGUUUAUAGAUUUACAGGACCAAGUUCAUCAGUGGGAAACAUACGAUAUAUUUUUUGGAUUUCUGCGACUUAAUAUGGAUGGCUUUAAGAGAUCAGUUCUCAAUCAAAUUGGUCAGUGGAUCAGUUUGUUUAAAAUGGACCUCAUUAAUUUUGUACGAAACUCACUUCAGGAACUGCAAGAUUUUAUAGACGAAGCCAAGGUUGUGCUAAAAAUGGAAUUAAAAAGAGAUGAUUUUGAUGGCUUAGUUAAGAUACUCUCUGUAUUAAACCAAAUAAAUGAAAAGCAAUUUGUCUUCGACAAUAUGUUUGAACCCCUUAGAGAUAUCGUAAACUUGCUCAGAAAGUAUGGAUACGAGUUCAAGGACACAGAGCUUUUACAACUUAACGAAUUGCCUGAUGCUUGGCUAAAAAUAAAGCGUCAAGCCGCCAUGACAAAACAGCUUAUUGCACCCAUACAAAGCUACCAGGUGGACCAAAUAGAAAAACGUAUAUUGCUAUGCAACAACAUGGCAAGCACAUAUCGAAAAAAAUUUAUGCGAAAGAAAUUUUUAAAUGUUCCCUGUCCCAAUUGCUAUGAGCUUAUUGACGAAACGGAUUUAGAAAUUGUUGAAUUAGAAGAACGGCAACAAACUCUUACGGAGUCUGCAGUUCUUUUUGAGUUACAAGGCCCUGAUCCUACGAAGAUUGAACUUUGUCGGAACGAUCUGAAGCUUGUUAAAAUAAUGUGGGACUUUGCUAUUUCAAUCGAAUCUACUAUAAAUGACUGGAAAAAAACACCAUGGAAAAAGAUAGAUAUUGAAGCAAUGGAUCAAGAGUGUAAGAAGUUUGGAAGAGAGUUGCGAGGCUUAGACCCAGCAAUGCGUAGCUGGGAACCAUUUAUAUUCAUGGAGGCGUCAUUAAAAAAUCUGAUGACUUCUCUGCGUGCAGUCACCGAACUUCAAAACCCUGCAAUACGGGACCGCCAUUGGGUUGAGCUGAUGCAGACCACUAAGGUAAAAUUCAGCAUGGAUGAUUCAACGACUUUAAAGUAUCUUAUUGAUCUUAAUUUGCAUGAAUACGAGGAAGAAGUUAAAAAUAUUGUUGAUAAAUCGGUUAAAGAAAUGAACAUGGAAAAGCAGCUACGCGAUAUAGCAGCAGCCUGGGCUGGCAUGGAAUUUGGUAUUGAAGUACACGAACGCACUGGUAUUAAAUUAUUGAAAGCAUCUGAAGAAAUGAUUGAGACUCUAGAAGACCAUCAAGCUCAGUUACAAAAUAUGACCUCAUCGAAAUAUGUAACUUUUUUUCUGCAAGAAGUCUCAUCCUGGCAACAGAAGCUAUCAAAUGCAGAUCAAAUCAUUGGCUCUUGGUUUGAAGUUCAGCGAAAAUGGCAGUAUCUGGAAAGCAUUUUUAUAGGCUCUGAGGACAUACGUUCACAACUGCCUGAAGAUUCUAAGCGAUUUGAUUUUAUUGAUAGAGAGUUUCGAGCUCUAUUGGCUCAAAUGAACUCUGAUCGUAAUGUCGUUCGAUCGACUAAUCGUUCUGGUAGCAAACUAUACGACCAUUUGGAAACAUUGCUUAAAAUGCUGCUAUUAUGUGAAAAAGCACUUAACGACUAUUUGGAGACAAAGCGACUGUCUUACCCUCGGUUUUAUUUUGUUUCAUCGGCAGAUUUGUUAGAUAUUUUAUCAAAUGGGAAUAAUCCUGCAAUGGUAUCGCGUCAUUUGACUAAGUUAUACGAUUCUAUUGGAAAACUUAAUCUCAUAGCUGGUACAAGACAGGCAGGAGGAAUGGUAGCUAAGGAGCUAGAGGAAUAUGUUCCUUUUUUGCAAAAUUGUGAUUGCAGUGGUAAAGUAGAGGUUUGGCUAAAUCGAGUGACCGAUAAAAUGCGGGAAACGCUUCGAGAUCAGCUGAGACGUUCUUUAACUCAAUAUGAUCAUAAGCCACGUCAUGUUUGGAUAUUUGAAUGGCCAGCUCAGCCAGCCUUGGUCGGCACGCAAAUCAUGUGGACAGCUGAAACAAAUGAUGCAUUUGCUAAAGUACAGCUUCGGUAUGAAAAUGCUCUUAAGGAUUAUAAUAGGAAACAAGUUAAUCAACUGAAUAACCUAAUUAUACUUUUGCUGGGAGAUCUUACAGCGGCAGAGCGGCAGAAGGUCAUGACCGUCUGUACCAUCGAUGUCCAUAGUAGAGACGUUGUGUCUACUAUCAUAUCAAAAAAAAUAGAGGUACAGACGGCGUUUCAAUGGCAAAGUCAGUUGCGCCAUCGUUGGGACAGCAAAAUUGACGAUUGCUUUGCUAACAUUUGCGAUGCUCAGUUCCGUUACGACUAUGAGUAUCUUGGUAACACUCCACGUCUUGUAAUUACUCCGCUAACAGAUCGCUGCUACAUUACAUUAACUCAGUCUCUACAUCUUGUAAUGGGUGGUGCUCCAGCAGGGCCCGCUGGUACUGGAAAAACCGAAACAACCAAGGACUUAGGGCGUGCUUUAGGGAUGAUGGUGUACGUAUUCAAUUGCUCUGAGCAAAUGGACUAUAAAUCAAUAGGCAACAUACAUAAGGGUCUUGCGCAAACUGGAGCUUGGGGUUGCUUUGAUGAAUUUAAUAGAAUAUCAGUUGAAGUGUUAUCCGUUGUAGCUGUUCAGGUGAAGUGUAUGCAGGACGCUAUAAAAGCUAAAAAAACAACCUUCAGCUUCUUAGGCGAGUAUAUCGCCUUGAGAGCUACUGUUGGUGUGUUUAUAACUAUGAAUCCAGGAUACGCUGGUCGUGCAGAGCUACCAGAAAAUUUAAAAGCCCUUUAUCGUCCUUGUGCUAUGGUAGUCCCCGACUUUGCUCUUAUAAGUGAAAUUAUGUUGGUGGCCGAGGGAUUUCAGGAGGCACGCUUGUUGGCAAGAAAAUUUAUCACACUUUAUACACUAUGCAGGGAGCUUCUCUCUAAGCAAGAUCAUUAUGAUUGGGGAUUGCGUGCAAUAAAAUCCGUACUUGUUGUUGCUGGCGCUUUGAGGGUUUGCGAUCGGUAUCCGGAUAGGCUUGAUGAGACCGCCGUGAGCCGUCCAAUUGGCACAGCAGAUGCGUUUCAAGCAAUGGCACUUUGGUGGCCAGAAAUUAGCAAAGUUCAGCUGGAAGCCCUGCAGACGCCCUUCUACAACAUUUUGGUCCUUCGAGCCGGAUACUUCAGCUACAUUUGGCAUGUCCAGUUCGCCCCAGCAAGCAUUGGUGGAUCUGCAAUAAAAGGUCCCAGGAACAGCUACACAUUCAAACCAGAUAAGUAG